UUUUUUAACCCUCCUGAAACUCAUGAGGAACUGUAUAUAAGAAUAGUAACUGCAGUUUUUUCCUAACACAAGGAAAAAAAGCAAUCGCAGCAACUAAAAGGUUUAAAUCUGACCUCAUGGAGUUAUUAACUCUAGGUCAAGCUUGUAAGAGCUAUUAAAACGUAGGAAAAAAGCCAUGGAAAUUUAAGAUAAUACAAAAUGGGUUUUGCCAAAGCUAGGUCAAGCCUAAGAGGGUAGACUUUAUGCUGGGGUGCUCUUGGUGGUUCUGCUUAGAUUCCUUCGUGUGGGGAAGUGACAUGACUCUGUGGACAGAUUUAACAUGCAGUUCAGCAGCCAAAUUCUAUCACAGCUCUUCUGAAGCGUAUCUGAAAAAUGUAAGUGAGCUAAAUAUGGUAGGUAGGUUUUUCACGUGGAGAGUAAAUAAUCUAUAUGAACUAAUGAUCCUUCCAUUGAAAAAGUAUAAAACAGCAACAAGCCGUUUUUGAUGAAAGUACCUCAGCUUUUUUUUUUUAAUAGAUGAAACCCUAAUAUUUUUUUCACACAGUUUAAUCACGGAAAAAAUGAGUCCUUUGUGUUAAAGAUCCUUCUAUGUUCUUCUAUGAUCCAGUCUUGACGUAGAUUCCUGGGGGGUGUCAGUGUGGCUGUGUUGUAAAGGCCUGAGGAAGAUUCUUCUGAAGUUGCCAGAGUGUAAUCAAUGGACAAACCUAUGUGUAUUGCAUAUGAUUAUUCCUCUAAGCUUCAUUAUUAAAUUAUUUUUAUUAAGUGAAAAGCUGUUUCUGUGGUUUUGGCAUUUAAAUAAUAAAAAAUUGUAAUUGCAAGUAUUUGCUUUUGUAUAGCAAACUUAUUUUAAUAAUCAAAUUCAGUGUCUACCUGUCUUUAUAAAUUCUGCUUGAAUUUUGAUGCUUGUCAGCAUCAAUUUCAACACAGCAGGUUAUCUUGAGUCUUGACAAGACCACUGAAUUUAUUAGGCUUUAUCUCAGAAACCUGGGUGUUGUCUUCAUGCUUUGGUUUUUUAUCUUCUAGCAUGUUUUCCUUCAGGGAAUUUCAGUAUCUAUAAUGCAUAUAAUUAUCUUCAAGAUGUACAAGUAUGCUGUCGUGCUUACUUUUUUUAGACAUACAAAAGGAUUGGAGUCAACACGAUUAAAAAAAAAAAAAAAGCUUGUGAUAAACUAUGUGUGGGCUAUGUAGCUUCACUUCCAUUCUGAUUUAGGAAGAUGGGGACUGAUUACUCAUGUGGUUAUCAGCUAAAGAUACCGGGGGCAGGCUGUGUUGUAGAUCGGUCAGAGGAUAACGAGUGCAGUAUUUAUAGGGGAUGGUAACAGCUCAUUGUUAUGCAGAUGAUGCAGUUAAAAAGGAAAAAAUAGAACUUCUCGGCACUUGGGUUCUUUUAUAAGGAUUUAUUGGGUCCUACAGUACCUGCAGUGUUAAGAAGCUGUGAGUUUGGAGUCAGGAAUACCUACCUGCAGGUCACUAUGCUGUUUCACCUGAUGCAGGAGCUGCUCAAGUGCUGUGUUGCCAUGUGCAGCAGUGCAUUGAACCUUCAGUGUCCAUUUUUCUCUUCAGUUAACUUUGAUCAGAAUAAUGAGUUUCUUCUGCGUUUAUUGGAAGAAUUCAACAAGAAUUUGUGCAGCAUAAAUUGCCCUGUGCAGGCAAUUAAUUCCUGCCAGACACUUUUUGAGGUAUCCUGGUGUCAGUCCCAUACCUGUUUUCCUACUCCUGUGGGAUAAGGAUUCUGUUGUAGCAUAAACCACGGUUAUCCAUUCUUGUAAAGAAGUAAUAAUAGGCACAGGUUAAAAGGCUAUUGCCACUCCCUGGGGUGAAGGGUUUGUUUAGGCUCCUGACAAGGCUCUGUCUUUUGAGCCCAGGCUUAGAGCUUUAGUUACAGUCUGCAGCAGAAGCAAUCAUAAGAAAAAGAGAUGCAGUCAGUGAGGUAUUUAAAAUAAUAUUCAGAUGCAUGCAAUUUACAGGAAGUACCCAUAUUUCAGGAUUUAUUGGUGCUCAUUAUGAAUACAAGGGACAUGAACUCACUCAUUUUUACUAACGAACAGCACAAACAUCAGUUCAGGAAAAGGUAGUUCUAGGAGGCAGUUGCUAAAUGAUCCCAGGAAAUCUGACAACUAUCUUACAUCUGUUUGAUGGACAUGUUUAGACCAAAACAUGGGAGAAAACAUCUCUAAGCAAAACCCCAGUUGUACCUUAAAAGUGCUGGUUUUGAAAUUUUUCUGUGAGAACAGAGCAAGAAUAACCUAAAUCUCUUGUCUUUUAUUAAAUUGUAAUCUUAAAAGAAAUUGGGAAGCUUAAAUUAAAAGAACAUGAAAUAGAUUUGCUCUGGCAUCACCUGGACACAUGAUUUUAUUGUAGUGAUAAAAUACAAUAUAAACACUUCCAUAAGAAUGGCUCAGCAGUAUUGUGAAAUGAAGCCCUAGGGAGAGGGAGCCUUCAUUUUUGGGUAGAAGUGUGAAAUAUGGGGUACAGAAUGUCUCUUGCCAUAGUGACACAUGUGGGUGCCCGAGGGGAUUUGUCCUUGUCUGGCCAAGUCCAGCCUGAGCUGCUGGCAAACUCGGGAGAUCAAAGUACUCUGCUCUCAAGAGUUUCUCAUCCUUGUGGAUCCUCUCCCACUGUUUUUGGAGCCCUGAAGAAACAAGGGAGUGUGUUCUAAAGUCAUGUGUGAAUCCAGUGUGCAGUUAAAGUGGAGGUAGGUUACAAAGCUGUCUGUCCCACAAGUCACAGACAUAACUGAGGUGACACUCAGCAGUGGGGCAGUAUGGAAUGCAAAGGGAGAUAGUUUCUUAGGUAGGGUCCAUGUUGUCUUGAAGUUUUUUAGGUGAAAAUUAAAACAAUUAUAUUUACAGAUGGUGACAUAAAUUCUGAAAUGCUUCUGAAUGUAUUUUUUACUUUCUUGCAUCGUCAGUCUUUUUUUUUCUGGUUGUACACUUCACGCCAUGUUAUUUAUGUAAUUUAUUUUUACUUUUUGUUUAAUAAUAAUAGAAUAUAUCUGAAUUUCAAAUCCAAGAUGGCUCAGAAGAGGAGCUCAAGUGGGCGGUCAUUCCCAUUGCUGCUGCUGCUGAUUGCUGUGGCCUUUGUUCAUUUAACUGUCUGUCCUUUUACAAAAGUGGAGGAGAGCUUUAACCUACAAGCUAUCCAUGAUGUGGUGUACCACCAGCUGGACUUGGAUAAGUAUGACCAUCAUGAAUUUCCUGGAGUUGUCCCAAGAACGUUCCUUGGACCAAUUUUUAUUGCUGCUCUUUCCAGCCCGGCUAUCUACAUACUUUCUGUGCUAAGAAUGUCCAAGUUUUAUUCCCAGCUGAUAGUUCGAGCAAGUUUGGGGCUCAGUGUGAUUUACACCUUAUGGAAGCUGCAGAAAGAAGUUAGAAAACAGUUUGGAGCAACUACAGCAUCAAUCUUCUGUCUCAUCACUGCUACUCAGUUUCAUUUGAUGUUUUACUGUACAAGAACCCUCCCUAAUGUGUUUGCACUUCCAUUUGUGCUCCUGGCAUUGACAUUUUGGAUACAGCAAAAGCAAAGGCCAUUCAUUUGGUUCUCAGCUUUGGCGAUUAUAGUCUUCAGAUCAGAGCUCUGCAUAUUCUUAGGCCUCAUGCUCCUGGUGACGUUAUUAACUAAAAGAAUCUCCAUUUUCAAGGUGCUUUCCCAUGCUGUUCCUGCUGGAAUGUUUUGGUUGGGGCUAACAGUUGCUGUGGAUUCGCUAUUUUGGAGGCAGCUUGUGUGGCCUGAGGGGAAAGUGCUCUGGUAUAACACAGUUUUAAACAAAAGUUCCAACUGGGGAACUUCUCCCUUCUUGUGGUAUUUCUAUUCAGCCCUGCCUCGUGCUUUGGGAUGCAGCAUAAUAUUUGUACCUUUAGGGGUAACAGAAAAGAGAACUCGGAUUUUACUUUUGCCAGCACUGGGCUUUAUUUUCUUGUAUUCGUUUCUCCCACACAAAGAGCUGCGUUUCAUCAUCUAUACUUUCCCUGUUUUCAACAUAGUGGCUGCUAAAAUGUGCUCACGAAUUCUGAAUAACUACCGGAGAUCCUGGCUGUACAAACUUGGAUCGUUCUUUAUUAUAAUACAUCUUCUACUUAAUGCUGUUUAUUCAGGAACAUCUUUAUAUGUUUCACAUUUCAAUUAUCCUGGAGGAGUAGCAAUUCAGAAGCUGCAUGAGUUGGUACCUUCAACAGCAGAUGUCUCUGUUCAUAUUGAUGUGGCUGCAGCGCAAACGGGAGUUUCUCGGUUUCUAGAAAUCAAUUCUGAUUGGAGGUAUGACAAAAGAGAAGAUGUUAAACCAGGAGACCAGUUGAUGUUUUCUUACACACAUAUACUGAUGGAAACAAAUCCUCUUCAAAUAUCACAUUACAAGACAACCCACAGGCCACUGGCAAAUAUACCUGGCAUCAGUAAAAUUGGGUUGAACCUUACUGCACUACCUCCUUUUACUUUAAACUUGAAACCAAAAUUAGUACUGUUGGAAAAACUUCCUCUAUCGUCUUGACUGUGAAUUUUAAGUAAGUCUUUUGAUGUGAUUUUGCUGAUGAUUGAACUAUAUAGACAGCAGCAAAUUGUCAUUCCAGCACUGCAACUCAGCUUCUGUGGAGAGGCACAGAAAAUCUCUGUACCAGUUGGUAUUUAGCUCCGUCCUGUUUCUUACGUAAAUAAUACAAUGCAUUCCUAGUUAGUAUAUGCUCAGUUUACUGAGUUGUAUUGUUAGAUAUGUUUAAAAGAGGUUGCCUACAAGUUUAGUGGUAUUAAGUAAAACCUGUCUACUUGAUUUGGUAGUCUGUUUCAUCAUGUAGUACAGGUAUGUCCUAAUUGUCCUGUAUAAGAUACAAAACCAACAGGUUUGUGUUAGGGCAAUAAUUUAAUAUGUAAUCUAUGUGUGCAAAGAUGUAUUACUUUAUGUAUCUGCAGCAUUGUAACCCCCUGAACUGUCAGAUUGCCAGUGUGAAACCUAACGAUGUUAUAAACAUAGGAAAGCCAUAUUCAUCAUUGCUUCAUCAUAAUUCCUCAUUGUGCCCUGUAGGCUACCAAACUAAUGAAACAUUCACUUAAAAAGCAGUUGGACCUCUUGACAAGCACUGUUUCAUAACAGAUUUCAGUACUAAGGAUGAUUAUCUUCAUUCCAACAAUUCAUGAAAAAGCAAUAACUUGGAUUUCCUGGGAAAAAAGAAUCUUUAAAAUAAUUUUUCCCCUCUUCUGCUGUAAUGGUAUCUUAAUUUGCAGUGUAAAAAUUACCUAUGAAAAUGUCCAUUUUAAGAUAGGUGCUGUUUUUGGUUUGGUUUUUUUUAUUAAGUAAUCCCUUACUCUAACGUGCCAUGUGCUGCAUUCUAUAAACUAGAGUAAGAUUGCAUGCUCUGUAGUUAGUUUCUUAGUUUCUUUAUUGGAUGUUUUUGUUAAGGAUGUCUGCAUAGAUUGCUGAAUGGAACAAGAAAGAAAGGUUAAUUUCUGGUUAGGGCCAGUUAUAAUAUGACAGAAGCUCCAUUAGUGUAAAAUGUCAGAAUAAAUUAUCAUGGGCAGAAAACUAUUCCUUGCUGACUGAAAACUUGAGUAAAAUGUAAUUAUGGAAUAAAGUGGUUUGGUUUUUUUGUU